UCCUGGAAUCAGUGCUCUUCAACACUUAAAAAGGUAUUGAUUGUGAAUUAAGAAUCAAUUGUGAAUGAAAUAAAAAGGUUAGUUGUUGGAAUCAAUUCCCUAAUGUUGAAUAUUUACAGUUGGGAGCAUCCAUUGCUUUCAAACAACUGUGAUGUAGCCAAGCCACAUUUCUUUAAAUGGGCGUGGAAGCUCCGCCCCCAGGUGUGUUGCCUGGAUACAAGCUGAGAGUCAACUUGCUUCCUCCAUCAGUGUCAAGCAUCAGAGGACCGCUCACUUUUCAACCAUCUGUCAGUUCCUUCCUCACCAUGACGCAACAGUUCCUGACCCUCUCUGAGGCCCAGAAGAAAGACCUCCAUGAGACCGCACUGCGCAUUGUGUCUCCAGGGAAGGGCAUAUUGGCUGCGGACGAGUCAGUAGGCAGCAUGGCUAAGCGUCUGGCCCAGGUAGGAGUGGACAACACAGAAGAGAAUCGCCGGCAAUUGCGUCAGAUUCUGUUCAGUGCGGACAAGCGAAUCAACAGCUGUAUCGGAGGAGUCAUUGUCUUCCACGAGACUCUCUACCAGCACUCAGAUAGUGGACUCAACUUUGUGAAAAUGAUCCGGGACAGAGGCAUCCUGGUUGGCAUCAAGGUGGACAAGGGCGUUGUUCCUCUGGCUGGAACCUGUGGAGAAACCACCACCCAGGGUCUAGAUGCUCUAUCAGAGCGUUGUGUCCAGUACAAAAAGGAUGGCGCUGUCUUUGCAAAGUGGCGCUGUGUGAUGAAGAUCAGUGACGUCAACCCCUCCCAACUGGCCGUGACACACAACGCCAAUGUUCUGGCUCGUUACUCCAGCAUCUGCCAGCAGCAUGGCAUUGUGCCCAUCAUUGAGCCAGAAGUCUUACCUGAUGGAGACCACGACCUGAAGCGCUGCCAGUACGUGACUGAGAAGGUCUUAAGUGCCGUCUACAAGGCCAUGUCAGACCACCAGGUGUACCUAGAAGGCACCCUCCUCAAGCCCAACAUGGUCACUCCCGGCCACAGCUGCCCCAGAAAGUACAGCCCGGAGGAUGUCGCCAUGGCAACCCUCACCUGCCUACGCCGCACUGUUCCUCCGGCGGUGGCAGGUGUGGCUUUCCUCUCAGGAGGUCAGAGCGAAGAGGAGGCGUCCGUCCACCUCAACGCCAUCAACAACUGCCCUCUGGCCAAGCCCUGGAUCCUCACCUUCUCCUUCGGCCGGGCCCUGCAGGCCUCGGCCCUGCGCGCCUGGAGGGGCCACAAAGAGAACCAGAAGGCUGCCACCGAGCAGUUCAUCAAAAGGGCCCAGGUCAACAGUCUGGCAUGUCGAGGGAAGUACACGGGCGCCGAAAACUACCCAGAUUCUACCCACGGCAUCUACAGCUCCUGCUACUCUUACUGAGCACAGAUUCCUCCACUCAUACAACAUAAGACUGACAUCAUUCAAUACAGCAUUGAUGCUCUUCUUGGACUUUUACAAACCACUGGACCAGGACCAGGACCAGGACCAGGAACAGGACUUCCUGUUUCUCGUACUGGAACACUGGAUUUGGUUUGAAGUUUCAGGAGAUAAUUCGAUGACUUGAUGAUAAUAUAAAUAGUUGUGUGUUACUAGUCAAGAUGUCUGUUAUCACCUUCUUGGAAAUAAUGCUCAGUUAUCAACUCUUAUCCUAAAGAAAGGAAGAACAAAUUCCAGCUGCUAUUGAAAAGAUUGAAGAAUUCUCUCAUGUAUCACAACUUUACCUUUAACGUUGUUUCCUGUCCAUCAAUGUGUCAAUAAAACAUGAUUUCCAUGGCCCUUAAAGUCUGAGGUGAAAUAUUUACUCACUGGUCUUGUGGUCAGAGAGUCUGGCCUGAACCUGGAGGGUCUGGAGUCGUCCCAAAGACUAGAAACAU